AUGGCAUCAACUCUCCGACGCAGGGCGCUCGCCCCCGAUAACUCAUCAGAAUCUUCGUUGUCGCUAGCACCUACACCGAGAGACGAAAGUCCGGCGAAGCCGGUUGACAAGGUCGAGAUCAUACAUCAUGAACAUAAGCCAAAGACGGGCAAGAGGCGUAAUACAUUUAUUUUCUUAAUGGGUAGCUUGUUCGGUCUUAUAGCUGCCGGCCUCCUAGCUAAGAAUAAUGACUUAAUUGAACUUCCGGAGAUUGGUGAACUUAGUAUGGACAGUUUUCUUGAUGUGUUACCAGCGGGUCUGGUUAAGGAUAUGAGGGAUCUUGUUAAAGGUGAGAGGGAUUUUGUCGAUAGCUAUGAUUCCUUUUCUGUAGGGGUGAAAGCCCGGACCGAAGGGCUUAGCGUUCACCAUCCCGUUAUUCUGGUUCCCGGUGUCAUCUCAACAGGCCUUGAAUCCUGGGGCACUGCCAAUAUCUCUCGUCCGUACUUUAGAAAGCGGCUCUGGGGUAGCUGGACAAUGAUGAGAGCGCUGGUUCUAGACAAGGAGAUAUGGAAGAAGCACAUCAUGUUGGAUAAGAAAACCGGGUUAGAUCCGCCGAAUAUCAAAUUGAGAGCUGCGCAGGGCUUUGAUGCGACCGACUUCUUCAUUACGGGGUACUGGAUCUGGAGUAAAAUCGUGGAGAAUCUGGCAUCGUUAGGCUACGACCCAACCAACUCAUUCACGGCUGCUUACGAUUGGCGCUUGACGUAUCAAAACCUCGAGCUUCGGGACCAAUACUUUACGAGAUUAAAGAGCUAUGUGGAGCUGGCACACGAAUUCUCUGGUCAAAAGGUGGUUCUUGCAUCCCACAGCAUGGGCAGCCAAGUCCUAUUUUAUUUCUUCCAUUGGGUAGCAUCUGCUGAAGGCGGUAAAGGCGGUGACGAUUGGGUCGAGCGUCAUGUCGAAGCCUGGAUCAAUAUUAGUGGAUGUAUGCUAGGUGCAGUUAAGGAUGUGACCGCUAUUCUCUCCGGCGAGAUGCGCGAUACAGCGCAGCUUAAUUCCUUUGCAGUAUACGGGCUCGAGAAGUUCCUCAGCAAAGAUGAACGAGCAGAAAUAUUUCGAGCGAUGCCAGGAAUGUCGGCUAUGCUACCACUUGGUGGAGACGCGGUCUGGGGAAAUCUAACGUGGGCACCAGAUGAUCAACCCGGGCAGCAGAACUCGUUUGGUUCAUUUUUAAACUUUCGUCGUGGUGUUAACUGGACUACACCGCAUCAAAACUUCACCGUUAGCGACUCGAUGAAAUAUCUCAUGGAUACGACCGAUGAUUGGUACCGAGAUCAGGUCAAGAAGAGCUUCUCUCACGGAGUGGCUCAUACCACUGCCGAGGUAGAAGCCAACGAGCUUGACAAUCGCAAAUGGGUUAAUCCCCUGGAGACGCGGUUACCCCUGGCUCCAAACUUGAAGAUUUACUGUUUUUACGGCGUGGGGAAACCAACUGAACGAGCAUACUACUACCGCAGCCCGGAAUAUCCGGCAUUCACAAACUUAAACGUCACCAUCGAUACGGGACUAACCGUUGAUGAAAUUGAUCACGGUGUCGUUAUGGGAGAAGGCGAUGGUACAGUUAAUCUUCUAAGCAGCGGUUACAUGUGCUCUAAGGGCUGGCGUAUGAAGCGAUAUAACCCGGCUGGCGCCAAGGUCACCGUCGUGGAAAUGCCUCACGAACCCGAAAGGUUUAACCCCCGCGGAGGGCCCAAUACAGCAGACCACGUGGAUAUCCUAGGGCGGCAGAAGCUUAAUGAAUUAAUCCUACGCGUAGUGGCUGGAAAGGGCUCCGUGAUUGAUGACUAUAUCGUUAGUAAUAUUCGCGAGUAUGCGGAUAAUGUCAAGAUCUAUGAAGAGGAGGAUUAA